GCCAGCUGCAGGCGGGUCACAUGACCAGUAACUCGGACCCCCCGGGCUUCUGUCUCCGCGGCGGGUCGGGCCAGCGAUGGCGAACGUGGCCAAGAAAGUGUCGUGGUCCGGCCGGGAAAGAGAGCCGGAGGGCCAAGACGAGACCACGCCGCUGCUCAACGGCACGGGAGGAGCCGCCACGCCCCGACAGCAUGUCUGUUUCUUGUCCCGUCAGCUGACCCCAUCCUCCUCUUCCUCGCGCCUUGUACGCCUGAGCAAUGUGGAUCUUGACGAUGUCUGUGAACCGGAAACGGACGAUUCUUGGCCCCAUCCCAACGAGAUCCCUCACAAUGAGAAAUUCCUCUCUCUCAAAUAUGAGAGCUUGGACUAUGACAACUGUGAGAAUCAGCUCUUCCUGGAAGAAGAAAGGCGGAUCAACCACACGGCAUUUCAGACAGUGGAGAUCCGGCGCUGGUUCAUCUGUGCCAUGAUUGGGAUCCUGACCGGCCUGGUUGCCUGCUUCAUCGACAUUGUGGUGGAAUACCUGGCUGGGGUGAAGUACAGAGUGGUGAAGGAGUAUAUUGACAAAUUCACGGAGAACGGCAGCUUGUCCUUCUCCCUGCUGCUCUGGGCCUUCCUGAACGCCGCGUUUGUGUUGAUUGGUUCUGGGAUUGUGGCGUACAUCGAGCCUGUGGCAGCUGGCAGCGGGAUCCCUCAGAUCAAGUGUUACCUCAAUGGAGUCAAGGUCCCCCACGUGGUCCGGCUGAAGACACUGGUAAUUAAAGUCUGCGGCGUGAUUUUCUCUGUGGUCGGAGGCCUGGCAGUCGGAAAGGAAGGGCCGAUGAUCCACUCGGGGGCCGUCAUUGCAGCCGGCGUGUCCCAAGGGAGAUCGACCUCUUUAAAGAGAGACUUCAAGAUCUUUGAGUACUUCCGGAGAGACACGGAGAAGAGGGAUUUCGUCUCUGCUGGGGCUGCUGCCGGGGUCUCGGCUGCCUUCGGGGCCCCUGUUGGUGGGGUUCUCUUCAGCUUGGAGGAAGGUGCUUCCUUCUGGAACCAGUUCCUGACGUGGAGAAUUUUCUUUGCCUCCAUGAUCUCCACCUUCACCCUGAACUUCUUCCUGGGCCUUUACCACGGCAACCCUCUGGACCUCUCCAGCCCUGGGCUCAUCAACUUCGGGAGGUUUGACUCGGAGAAAGUGGGUUACACAAUCCUCGAAAUCCCCAUCUUUAUAUUCAUGGGUGUGAUAGGUGGGAUCCUUGGAGCCAUAUUCAACGCCCUGAACUGCUGGCUGACAAUGUUCCGGAUCAGGUAUAUCCAUCGCCCGGGCCUGCAGGUGAUCGAGGCCAUUCUGGUGGGGGCCGUGACAGCGGCUGUCGGCUUCGUGAUGAUCUACCUCUCCACAGACUGCAAACCUAUACAGGGCAACAGUGCAACGUAUCCGCUCCAGCUGUUCUGUAAGGAUGGCGAAUACAACUCUAUGGCUGCAGCCCUCUUCAAUACCCCCGAGAAAAGUGUGGUCAGCCUUUUCCAUGACCCUGCAGGCUCCUUUGACCCCAUGACCUUGGGCGUGUUCACCCUGGUCUAUUUCUUCCUGGCCUGCUGGACCUAUGGGCUGACGGUGUCGGCGGGCGUCUUCAUCCCUUCCCUGCUGAUUGGGGCCGCCUGGGGCCGCCUCUUUGGAAUCUUGCUCUCCCACGUGACCAAUGGCGACAUCUGGAUCUGGGCUGACCCGGGGAAAUACGCUCUGAUGGGAGCUGCUGCACAGCUAGGGGGCAUCGUGAGGAUGACGCUGAGCUUGACGGUUAUCAUGAUGGAAGCAACAGGCAACGUGACUUACGGCUUCCCGAUCAUGCUGGUGCUGAUGACAGCAAAGAUUGUGGGGGAUUAUUUUGUGGAGGGCCUGUACGACAUGCACAUCCAGCUGCAGAGCGUCCCCUUCCUCCACUGGGAGGCCCCUGUCACCUCUCACUCGCUCACGGCCAGAGAAGUGAUGAGCACCCCAGUCACCUGCCUGAAAAGUAUUGAGAAAGUGGGGACCAUCGUGGACAUCCUGAGCGACACCUCUACCAACCACAAUGGGUUCCCCGUGGUGGAGAGCAUCCCAGGCGACCAUCAGAUGCUGGGCCUGCGAGGACUGAUCCUGCGUUCCCAGUUGAUCGUUCUGCUGAAGCACAAGGUGUUCGUGGAGCGGGCCAACCUCUCCCUGGUGCAGCGUCGGCUGAAACUGAAGGACUUCCGGGACGCCUACCCCCGCUUCCCCCCCAUCCAGUCGAUCCACGUCUCUCAGGACGAGCGCGAGUGCAUGAUGGAUCUGACGGAAUUCAUGAACCCCUCCCCGUACACCGUGCCGCAGGAGGCCUCCUUGCCCAGGGUGUUCAAGCUGUUCCGGGCUCUGGGCUUGCGCCAUCUGGUGGUGGUGGACAAUCAGAACCAGGUGGUCGGACUGGUCACCAGGAAGGAUUUGGCCCGGUACCGGCUAGGGAAGGAAGGCUUGGAGGAGCUGUCCUUGGCGCAGACAUGACUUCACCCUGGAGCCCGGCAGUGGCCUCGAAUCUCUCCAGCUGCUCAGCACCAUUGCCCUUGGGACACUGUGGAGGGGAAGCUGACCCCGGCCUGCGUUGUCUCGGGCAUCCUGCAGUCCCUCAUCCUCCUCAAAAUGGCCGCCUCGGUGUCCUCCUUCACAGCUGCCUGCCUCUUCACCUCCUGUUCUGCAGCAGGCUCCGCUCUGAGGCUGCCGAGGGCUUUGGGAGAGGCACUCCCCACAGAGAUGAGUGUUGGCAGCCCCUCCUCUCAAGCAUGCCUGGGGCCGUGGAGGGCUGCUUCUCCUUGGUGCUGAGCAGCCGUCCCUCUGGCCCAGCGCUCACCAACCGUGCCUUUCAGCCUUGGCGUUAUCUGGCCCCGUGUCUCAGAGGCUGGUAGCUCCCUUCCCUGUGCACUCGAUUCUUACCUGCACGUAAAGGAGGUCUGGAGCCCCACUUCACCACUGCCACCCCUGGACCUGCCUUUCGCCUCUGUACCCACGCUCACCUGCAGGGUAGGAUUGGACAGCGCCCGGGUGGUGUUGGUGGCCUGCACCGGCUGCAAUGCAAAGGGCCCUUCACCAAGUCAGCAAAACAGUUGUUGUUUUUCCAGGCCUGGCAAUAUCCAGCCUCCACUGGAUAAUACGGCGGGGGGGCUUCCCCCCCAACUUCCUUGCACCCUCCUGCCUUUCCUGGCAGCUCACUGAAUGGAGCUUUGGGGAGCUGUUCAGGAGUUAGUCCCUCUGGAUUUCCACCAGAACUGCCUGGGUGGAUGGUCUGCAUCAACCCCUUCAAGACAGACCUUGUUCUCCCUGGUCCCUUUCCUUGCCUGCCUGCCUGCCUGCCUUCCCUCGUCUGCUGCUCCCGGGUGAAAGUUCUCGCGUCACGUUGGAAGAAUCCAUAGAAGGUUCUCUUCCAUACCCCUGCAAAGGGGUAGUGUCUGUGUGUGUGUGUGCUCUGCAGUCUGGCUUUUCGGUUUGAGUUUUGUGGACCAGUUGUAAGACAGCCCCUUUCCUUUUGGAAGGGUGGCGUCUACCUCUCACUCCUCCUCCCUGCCUGGUGCGGCUUCUGCCGGUAGCUGCUUGCUGGAACGAGCUUGAGGACUAGCAACUUGCCAGAACAGAAAAGCCUCUCUACAUGGAAGGAGCAAACUGCAGGCAGGUUGAAGCAAGGAAGCAGGGUGCAGCUGGGCCUCCCUGGCCUUAGAGUUCAGGCAUGAGCGUAGUCGGGCAACCAGUGGGCUUGCUUUCCCAGGUGGCGGGAAACCCUCAGUCUCAGUUUACACUCCCUGCCCUCGGCGGUCAACCACUUGGCCGCCUUUGCUGUUUUCGAUGAGCAGAGAAGCUGCUCUUGUGCUGGAAUAAAAACCUAUUUAUACUUUUUUUCUUC